CCCACCUAGAUUUUCUAGCACUGCGUAAAAGUUGCCAAAACACGUGUGUAAUUUUAUAUAUUCCGCCGGAUUCUGGGAAUUUCAAUCAAUUAAGGCCAGAGAGGGGACCAAUUUAAUUUAAAAUCAUGGUGCAAGUUGAACGAGAGAAAGUCCUCCCUAUUGGAAAAGUCUUAAAUGACAAGAGUCGUCCUUUAAAAGAGCGUUUUAGGGCACUCUUCACGCUGAGAAAUAUUGGGGGGCCAGAUGCUAUUGAAUGCAUCAAUCUGUGUUUCCAGGAUGACUCUGCCUUGCUGAAACAUGAGUUAGCUUAUUGUCUUGGACAGAUGCAGGAUAAAGCGGCUAUUCCGAUUCUUGUAAAAGUAUUGGAAGAUAAGCACCAAGAGCCAAUGGUUCGUCACGAAGCAGCUGAAGCUCUGGGUGCAAUAGGGUGCCCGAAUGUGAUACCAAUUUUGGAGAAAUACCUCAAUGAUCCAGUAAUUGAAGUAGCAGAGACAUGCGAAAUAGCAUUAGGACGAGUGAAAUGGAUAGGGCAAAAAGAAGAUUUAACAGACGACAAUCCUUUUUCAUCAGUGGAUCCUACUCCCCCAUUAGCAUCAAAGAACGUGGCUGAACUAAAAUCAAUUUUAUUGGAUGAAUCAUCAUCGCUCUUCAACAGAUAUCGUGCAAUGUUCAGUUUGCGAAACCUCCGAACUGAAGAGAGCAUCUUGGCUCUCUCAGCAGGUCUGAAAGGAAACAGUGCUCUGUUCAGACAUGAGAUAGCCUUUGUUCUUGGACAACUCCAAGAGCCAUGCAGUAUUCCCUUCCUGGCGGAAAACCUCCGAGAUACUGUUGAGAAUGAGAUGGUGAGGCACGAAUGUGCUGAAGCUCUUGGAGCAAUUGCCACUGAAGAUUGUAUUGGAAUCCUGAAGGAAUAUCUGAUGGACGAAAAGAUAGUUGUCAAGGAGAGCUGCGAAGUGGCCCUGGAUCUCUGUGAAUAUGAGAACAGCCCAGAAUUUCAGUAUGCAAAUUUUCUUAAAAACUAAAUGAGGAGAGUCUAUUAAUGUAUGUAAUGUGUUUAAUAUGAACAUAUUUCAAUUAUAUUACAUUAUUAUUAAAAUCUACCGAUUAUAUCCAA